UGGCGGCCGCUGCGGGCGGUGGCGGCGGGCUGUGAAGGGCCUCAGCGGCGGCCGUGCAUCCCUCACGAUGGCUUCGCSGACCUUGGGGGCCUCGCGUGGAAGCCCGGACGCGCUCCCCGCAGGUUCCGCUUCGCAGGAAGACGAGGAGGGCGAUUCUGCAGACUGGACGGGCUCCUCGGGCUCCUGCGCCUCGGCCAGCGGCUCUUCCGAUGAUCUGGAGCCUGAGUGGCUGGACAGUGUGCAGAAAAAUGGAGAACUGCUGUACUUGGAGCUGAGUGAGGGUGAAGAGGAGAGCCUCCUUCCUGAGACACCAACUGUGAACCACGUCAGGUUCAGUGAAAAUGAGAUUAUCAUUGAAGAGGAUGGCUACAAAGAAAGGAAAAAGUGUGAACCCAAACUCAAGCGAUUUACCAAAAUUUUAAAAAGUAAAAGACUUUUACCCAAGCGCAACAAUAAAAAAAAUAGCAGUGAUAAUGGGCCAGUAUCCAUUCUAAAGCAUCAGUCCAGUCAGAAGACAGGAGUCAUUAUCCAACAGCAGUACAAAGAUGUGAAUGUUUAUGUGAAUCCCAAAAAGCUCACUGUCACAAAAGCCAAAGAACAGCUCAGACUUCUAGAAGUGCUGGUUGGAAUUAUCCACCAGACCAAGUGGAGCUGGAGGAGAAGUGAGAGGCAGGGCGAUGGAGAGAGGCUUGUGGUCCACGGCCUGUCGCCAGGAGGGUCCGCUAUGAAGAGUGGUCAGAUAGUAGUUGGUGAUGUCCUUAUUGCUGUGAAUGAUGUUGAUGUGACCUCUGAGAACAUAGAGAGAGUUCUAUCUUGCAUUCCUGGACCUAUGCAGGUGAAACUGACAUUUGAAAAUGCGUAUGCUGUAAAAAAGGAAACAAACCAACUAAGAAAGAAGAAGGCACAGUCUAACACAAAUGAUUUAGUCAAACUGCUGUGGGGAGAAGAGGCUGGGAGCAUCCCGCAGAAUAUGGUGAACUCGCCUCACAUCAUCAUGUACCUCACGCUGCAGCUCGACUCGGAGAUCUCGAAGGAAGAGCAGGAAAUUCUUUAUCACUAUCCAAUGUCUGAAGCAUCUCAGAAGCUUAAAAGUGUGAGAGGAAUUUUUCUCACACUCUGUGACAUGCUGGAAAAUGUAACUGGGACACAGGUUACUAGCUCAUCCCUCCUUUUAAAUGGAAAACAAAUUCAUGUGGCUUAUUUGAAACAAUCUGACAAGUUGUUGUUAAUUGGCUUGCCUGCUGAAGAAGUUCCUCUUCCUCAGCUAAGGAAUAUGAUAGAAGAUGUUGCCCAAACUUUAACGUUUAUGUAUGGUUCUUUAGAUAGGUCCUUUUGCCAGGUUGAGAAUGCUCCUCGUUUGGAUCAUUUCUUCACCUUGUUCUUUCAAAGAGCGCUGCAGCAUGCCAGCCCCCCUCCCUGUGCCAGUCCCAGUGCUUGGCAGUACGAAGCUUCCAGUGCAGCGCUUUUAGACAACCUCCCUGGAGUUCGGUGGCUCACACUUCCACGGGAAAUCAAGAUGGAACUAGACACAGCAUUAAGUGACCUGGAGGCCGCAGAUUUUGCAGAACUGUCUGAGGAUUACUAUGACAUGAGACGGCUAUAUACAAUUUUGGGCUCUUCUCUAUUUUACAAGGGUUAUUUGAUAUGCAGUCAUUUGCCUAAGGAUGAUCUUGUUGAGAUUGCCGCGUACUGUCGCCACUAUGGCCUGCUGUCUUUAGCAGCAAAACAAAGGAUUGGUCAGUUGAUAGUAUGGAGAGAAGUGUUUCCUCAACAUCACCUCCAGCUUUCUGCAGACUCAAGCACAGAAGCCUUUCAGGAACCGGAAGGGAGAUAUUUUUUGCUAAUUGUUGGAUUGAGACAUUAUAUGUUAUGUGUGCUAUUAGAAGCUGGAGGCUGUGCAUCUAAAGCUAUUGGGAAUCCUGGGCCUGACUGUAUAUAUGUGGACCAGGUCAGAACAACUCUUCACCAGCUGGAAGGAGUAGACUCCCACAUAGAUGAGCACCUAGCGUCUUCUCCAGGCCCCUGUUUGUCUUGUGCUGACUGGUUCCUUUCUGGAACACGUGAGAAAACUGAGAAUUUGACAGCUUCCCCUAUUCUCAGCAGGCUGCAAGGUCCUUCCAGGACAGCAGCCUCUCCAACAUGCAGAAGAACCCUUUUUGGUGACUAUUCCUUAAAGACACGUAAGCCCAGUCCCUCCCGAAGCAGUGGAGGAUCUGACAAUGGUUGUGAAGGUGGAGAAGGUGCUGGCCUUAGCCCCCACACCACACUGGAUGCAAUACAAAAGCAGAGAGACUUUCCGGGCUCUGAUUGUUCAGAAGAAAGUGGAACCUUGCUUAAGAUCACUAAAAAAAAGUCUACCCUUCCAAAUCCAUUUCAUUUGGGAAAUUUGAAAAAGGAUCCUUCAGAAAAAGAAUUGGAAAUAUAUAACACAAUGAAAUUGACAUCUGGUCCUGAGAAUACACUUUUCCACUAUGUUGCCUUAGAAACAGUGCAAGGAAUCUUCAUUACUCCUACCCAUGAAGAGGUGGCACAGCUCGGUGGCUCUAUCCACUCACAGCUAAUAAAGAAUUUCCAUCAGUGUUGUCUUUCCAUUCGUGCAAUUUUCCAACAGACUUUGAUGGAAGAGAAAAAUAAGGCACUGAAUGGUGGAGAUCGUGCUGAUUCUACAAAUUCGCUGUCCUCUCUUAACCCUGUGAAGGAAUAUGGUGUGUUAUUUGAAUGUUCACCUGAAAAUUGGACUGAUCAGAAAAAAACACCACCAGUUAUGGCCUACUGGGUAGUAGGGAGACUCUUUCUUCAUCCAAAACCUCAGGAACUUUAUGUCUGCUUUCAUGACUCAGUCACAGAAAUUGCCAUUGAAAUGGCUUUUAAAUUAUUCUUUGGAUUAACCUUGUAGUUGUGUUUUUAUGAUUAAUAGCAACGUGAGUGACAUGCGRAACAGUGUUAAAAUUGCUGAAAUCAAUACACAAGAGAUAAUGUUUAGUUCAUUUUCACUGUUCAACAUUGAACAUAAUAUUGUUAUUGAGAUGAAAUGCUGUUGGACUCGAUGCAUCAAGCUUUUUGUAGUAUUGUGAGACAUUGGAGAAGAUAGUUGAUUGAAAUAUAUAGAAGGGAGUGUUAACUUAUUGCUAUUUUUGGUAUAUAAUAUUAAUUUAUUGACUAGUUUGAAAUAAUGUAAAUUGUUUCAUAUAAAGUUAAUAUAGAAAAUGUUUAUUUGGGAAAACACCCAAUUUGUUGUUUAUUUUUCUCAAAACUAGUAUAUUUGGUCAAAGAAUCAUGAACUUAG